AUGUCGGAGAACCUCAAAAGAGCCGAAUCGUUGUUCAACAGAAUCAUGAAGACCGGACCCGCCGAGCCUACGAGAGGCGCCAAUUCACACAAAGGGUCGUACAAAGGGUCGUACAAGAACAGCAACGGGCUGUCGUCAUCCACCAACCACACAUCCCCCCACGCCAGCGAGCUCUUGCCCAAGAGAGACCCCAUCAAAGCAUCGGAAGACACCUUGAGCCGCAUUCCCGCCGACCACCACAUUCUUCCCUACUGCUGGACCAUAUGGCACCACUCGCGGACCAAGUUGCGGGGACAGAAGGACGCCGUCGCUGGCGAGGACGUGGCGGUGGCUGCCACUGCUGCUGCCGUGGACUCGUACCUCCAGACCACUCACGAGAUCGAGUUCUUGUCAGUCGCUGACCAGCGUCCCACCACAUCCAUUGGCUCCAUCGAGCAAUUGUGGAUGAGCUUGUCGUCCAUCAAGAAGUCGUACGAGCUUCCCAUAGGCACCGAGCUCUUGAUCUUCAAGAGCGGCAUCAAUCCAGUGUGGGAGGACCCUAUCAACACCAAGGGUGGACGGUGGGUGUUCCGGUUCAACCGCAGGUCUGCAGGCAGUGGAAACGCUCACGAGGACCACCAAGCAGCCCAAAGAAUAAGAAAGCGCUCCAGCUUGAUCUGGGAGCGUUUACUCCUCAAGACAGCUACUGGCUCAAUCAUUCCCGACAACAGCCCUGUUGAGUACCAGGAGCUCUUGCUCAACGACAUCUCAGGGUUGGUGUUGAGUGUACGCAAAGACGAGGACAUCAUCAGCGUGUGGAACUCUAACUUGAACUUCAGUGCCAAGGGCAAGAAAGACGACGAUAAGCCCACUAAGAAGUUGACGCUGUUCCAGGCCAGACGUAUCAUUUGCGACUCCAUCUUGCGGGUGAUCAGGGAGUGUGAUGCCAUCACCCACGGCCACGAUGGCGUGGACACCGUGGACAACGGCUCCAGCGAGCGGGUGCUUGGGGUGUCGUUCGAGUACAGACUUCAUGCCGACAACAGCAACCCCAUCGACAGUUCCAACGGGGGAGGCAAGUACGGCGGGCACCAUUCGCACCAUCACCGUCGGUACAAGAAGCACGAUAGUUAA